AUGGCGCCCAAGGGCAAGAAGGGAAAGAAAGGCGGGGCGCCGAAGCCAGAUUCUGGAUGGCAGAAGGCGCUAGGGAAUUUCAAGUGGGAGCGGCCGCUGGAAGCUUUGCCAGAUCCAGCUGCUGCGCCGAAUUUUGGGGAAAUUCGUGCUACAAUCUUGCACGUUUGCCAAUUGAUUUCCAUUCUUUGGAGUAGCAAAGUGAAUGAGGCAUUUAUCGAUGAGCUCUUCAGGGCCUCUCGGCCUUCCUUGGAGAAGCUAGAGCUCCGUGGAGCGACGUCCUUGGCAAGGUUUGUCAUGCCUGACAACAUAGCAAACGCUCUCAAGGAGUUGGAUUUGUCAUGCUGCACAGCACUCGAGUAUGUUUUCCUCGAGGUACUUCUACGAUUUCUCAAGUUUCUUACAGGAUUUUUCUUAUACUCUCUUUUGGAGCAGUCGAGUUCUCUGGAGAAGCUAUCGCUCGCGAGGUGUGGGAAGCUAAGAACAGGGCACAUUGUCGCGCGGGGGCUCAAGGAGCUCAACCUCCACGAGUGUAACGAGCUCGUAGACCUCAUGUUUUGGAGCGACAACGUGUUAAUCUUAAAUCCUCCUUACAAGGAGAAAGAUCGACUGGAACUCUAUUGUCCAGAGCUCAAAGGAUUCCACUGCCCUCCCAUGAAGAUUGUGAGACCAAUUGUGGAGACUCCACCUCCAUUGAAGGAACUCCUCGAGCACGACAAGGUGGUCGAAAGAUAUGAGAUUGAGCGGAACCGUGUUCUCGAGCCAGGCUUCACGGGAUUAGCAGACUUUCCGAAGACACCAUACCUGGGAUUUAAUUCUUAUCGGCUAGCAUAG